AGCUUUGGACAUGAGAAGAGAAGUCCUUGGGUUAAUAAACUUUCUGUUUCUUGCGGCCGUAGACUGCCGGUCUGUUGGUUGUUAUUGUGCUUCGUCUGCUUGCUUGUACUGAUUGCAGUCUUAGGAUCGAUAUUUUCUAAUUCCUUUGACUCCAUAACUUUCACUCCGGUACCUGAGAUUUAUUCAAACUAUAGAAGGUUAAAGGAGCAAGUGGCAGUCGAUUAUUUUCAGCUGAGAACUGUCUCGUCAGGAGCUGGUCACCAAGAGGAGGUUGGCUUAUGCGCAAAAGAAAGAGAAAAUUAUGUUCCUUGUUACAAUGUGACGGAAAAUUUAUUGUUAGGGUUUACAGAUGGAGAGGAGUUUGAUCGGCAUUGUGAAGUAUCAAGCCAAGGAAAGUUUUGUUUAGUCCGCCCACCAAAGGAUUAUAAGAUUCCACUUCGUUGGCCUGCUGGUAGGGAUGUAAUAUGGAGUGGGAAUGUCAUGAUAACCAAAGACCAAUUCCUUUCUUCUGGAAGCAUAACAAAGAGAAUGAUGUUGCUCGAAGAGAAUCAAAUUGCUUUUCACUCUCAGGACGGCUUAAUCUUUGAUGGUGUCAAAGAUUAUACUCGCCAGUUUGCAGAGAUGAUGGGACUGGGAAGUGACUCUGAAUUUUUUCAAGCUGGCGUACGCACUGUUCUUGAUAUUGGUUGUGGAUUUGGAAGUUUUGGAGCUCAUUUAGUUUCACUAAGGUUGAUGGCUCUUUGUGUUGCUGCAUAUGAGGCAACCGGAAGCCAAGUUCAAAUAGCUCUGGAGAGAGGUCUUCCAGCAAUAAUUGGCAAUUUUAUAUCAAGACAACUACCAUAUCCAUCAUUAUCAUUUGACAUGGUUCAUUGUGCACAGUGUGGUAUUGUUUGGGACAAGAAAGAGGGGAUGUUUCUUAUAGAAUUUGAUCGGUUACUCAAGCCUGGAGGUUAUUUUGUUAUAACCUCUCCCAUUAGUAAGUUACAUGGACGUGCAGCAAGUAAGAAGAAAAGAAGCAUGUUAACACCACUGGCAGAAUUCACUGAAAAAAUUUGUUGGAGUCUUAUUGCUCAGCAAGACGAGACAUUCAUCUGGCAGAAAACUGCUGAUGCUCACUGCUAUUCUUCUCUGUGAGCAUACACUGAUAAUUUUCAUUCUU